GUGGGCUGACUGGGACUCCAAGCAGGGGAGGGGAGAGAGAACGGAGUCGGUGGGUGCACGCGCAUACGAUUCUCCACCGCCUGUCUCCUUCCGCCAUCAUCAGUUUCCAUAGCAACAAACAGGCAAAUCGAGGACCGAUAUGCCUUCUACGGAUUGGGGAUGACUCUUCACCAGAUGGUUCAAGCAGCAGCCAGUCUAUAUCCUGAGAGGAGAGCAGUAUGCUUUGAUGGGUGCAACAAUAAGAUUCCCGCUGUGUACACAUACAAAGCGGUUAUCGCCCUAGCCACAGAACUAACUGAUUUCUUGAGAGCAACGUGUGAGCUCACUGACAGUUUUGCGAUAGGUCUGUACUGCAAUCCAGGGAUCAACCUGCCUUCUUGGAUUAUAGGAAUUCUCCAAGUGCCAGCUGCUUAUUCUCCUAUUGAUCCAGAUGCUCUGCCAACCCUGACUACCAGUGUUAUAAAUAAGUGCAACCUCAAAUAUGUCCUUGUAGAAAAAGAAAAACUUGAUAAAUUUAAAGUCUCAUUUGGACACUUGUUCUUCCAUAAUUUGCUUGAAAUCCAGAACGUUGGCCUAUUUCUUUUCCAAAGAAACAGCAGCACUAUUGAUGUAAAUCUGUUGAUCGAUCAUGAAAAUGAUGAAAAUGAAAGGCUUGCAGUGACAAGUUACUCCAAGGAAACUACUCUAGACCGAAAUGAGACAAAGCAAUUCAAAGAGCUAUUAGAUGUCAGAGAGAAACACUCCUUAGCCUAUGUUUUACAUACAUCAGGAACAACAGGGAUUCCCAAAAUUGUCAAAGUUCCCCAUAGAUGCAUAGUGCCAAAUAUUCUUCAUCUCCGCGAUCUCUUUCAAAUCACCCCAGAUGAUGUGGUAUUCAUGGCUUCGCCCUUGACAUUUGAUCCGUCUGUAAUUGAACUGUUUGUCACUCUAGCAAGCGGGGCUUCUUUGCUUAUUGUACCCCACCUGAUUAAAAUGAUGCCGCAGGAACUGUCUGAGGCUCUCUUUCAACACCACAAAGUCUCUGUAUUACAGGCUACGCCAACCCUUCUGAGAAGAUUUGGAAUUCAGUGCAUCACAUCAACCGUGCUCUCUGCCAGUACUUCACUUCGAGUCUUAGCUCUCGGCGGAGAAGCCUUUCCUGGCCUGAAUGUGCUGAGAAGCUGGAAAACAAACGGAAAUAAAACACAAGUGUUUAAUAUCUAUGGCAUUACAGAAGUUUCUUGUUGGGCCACAUGCUACAAGAUCCCCGAAGUAUGGUUUGCUUCUGAUCAUCGAUCUGAUUCCCUUGUACCAUUGGGAACCCCAUUAUCUGGAACAACAGUUGAAGUCAGAGAUUCCAGUGGUUCUGCCAUUCUGGAAGGUGAAGGCCAAGUGUUUAUAGGAGGUGAAGAACGUGUCUGUUUCCUUGAUGAUGAAGUAACACUGCCCAGGGGCACCAUGAGAGCAACUGGAGAUUUUGUAAAAGUUAAGAAUGCUGAACUGUUUUACUUGGGGCGAAAAGACAAUCAGAUUAAGCGUCAUGGCAAGAGACUUAAUAUCGAAUUCGUUCAGCAGCUUGCAGAAGACAGCUGUCACGUGGAAGCCUGUGCAGUGAUGUGGUACCGACAAGAAAAAUUAAUUCUGUUUGUUGUGCCCAAAGGCAGCUUUGAAGGAGGCGAUCUUUUGAGAAAACUCCGGGAACGACUCCCCAGCUAUGCAGUCCCAGACGAGCUUUUGUUAGUGGACACUCUGCCGUUUACGUCACAUGGCAAAAUUGACCUGUCUGAACUGAGCAAGAUCUACAGCAGCCGUCUGAAUUCCAGAAGGUGUGAAAAGAAGCUGAAUAAGGGAGAGGAAUUGUGGGAGAGACUGCAGUGCCUCUGGAAGUCUCUUCUGAAUCUUCCAGAUGAUUCCAGUAGUGUUUCAGGAGAUUCAUUGUUUUUGAACAAUGGCGGAGAUUCUUUAAAGUCAUUGCACCUCCAUGAUGAAAUUGAAAAUCUGGUUGGCAGGAGCGUUCCUGGCCUCCUGGAAGUAAUUCUCAGUCGUUCCAUUGCUGAAGUCUACAAGCAUGUCCUAAAAACUUCUUUUCCAAGCGACGAUCAAAAGUUAAGUUCCAACAGUUCUGUGAAAAGAAAACUGAGAGACAAUAGCAGAGAGGAACCGAGUGGAAAGCGUGUGGAGCCAGAAGCUGGAGGGCCUCUCAAAAAGGAAGCACAUGUUGUUGGAUUUGUUGCAGUGAGCCGUGGAAAUCAUUUGUUGUUCACAAAUGAACACCUGAAGAACCAGCAUAGUGCGGGAAUUCAGCUCAGAGAAUUGAUGCGCUCUUCACCUGUUGCAAGUGAAGAGAGAGGGAAUGAAGUUUUGAAGCCUAAUGAAACAAUUGCCAGUGAGGCAAACAGAACAGAAGCUGAUUCUGUGCAAGGAACGCACCUAAAAGAGAGCCUUGGAAGGACUGCUGGAAAGUUGACGUUAGACGUAAGGUGGAAAGCAGAUUUGGGCAAGUGUGUAGACGCAUCUCCUCUAGUUGUAAUUCCAGCCAUUGAUCAGUUAUCCGCCUCUGUAUAUAUUGGAUCUCAUUCGCAUGUGAUUCAAGCCGUUGACCUGGAUUCCGGAAAAGUGAAGUGGGAGAGAUACCUUGCAGAUCGCAUAGAGUCCUCUGCCUGUGUAUCGAUGUGUGGAAACUUCAUCAUUGUUGGAUGUUACAAUGGGUUAAUCUAUGUACUCAGAAGCAGUAAUGGGGAAAUACACUGGACAUUUGCUGCAGAAGAUGCUGUGAAAAGUUCUCCAGCCGUGGAUCCUUCCACAGGGCUGGUCUUCAUUGGAUCCCAUGACCAACAUGUAUAUGCUCUAGACAUUUAUAAGGAAGAGUGUGUCUGGAAGUUACCCAGUGAAGCUGGGGCUGUAUUUUCCUCCCCGCACGUAAAUCUCUUGCCACACCACCUAUAUAUUGCUACACUUGGAGGGGCAUUGCUAGCUGUAAGCCCGGUUAUGGGGAACCUGCUCUGGAAAAGUGUGUGUGGGAAACCUAUCUUUUCGUCACCACAUUGCAACAAGGACUGUGUGUGUGUUGGAUGUGUAGAUGGAAAUUUGUAUUGCUUUAGCCACUUUGGACAAAAGGUUUGGCAGUUUCCCACUAGUGGACCCAUUUUUUCAUCCCCGUGCAUUUCCAGCUUUGCUAGAGAAGUAUUCUUUGGCUCCCACGACCGCUUUAUUUACUGCUGUAAUAUGGACGGUCAUUUAAUGUGGAAGUUUGAAACCACAUCAACUGUGUACGCUACGCCGUUUGUUUUCCGCAGUUGUGACUUGGACAAUAAAACCCUUCUGGCCAUCACAUCUACCGAUGGUAGGAUAUGGGUCUUGAAUGCUGCAACUGGUGUACUCGAAGGUUCAGGGAAGCUUCCAGGAGAGGUGUUCUCAUCUCCUGUCAUUUGGGGAACUAAGCUCAUGGUUGGCUGUAGAAAUAACUAUGUUUAUUGCUUAGAUUUAUGUAUGUUGCAAACCAGCAAGACUGUCUAAAAUUUGCAGCAAUUUCCUUUUCAUACCUCCUCCCUGCCCCUCCCGGGUGUUUAAGCCCUGGUUGUUCAAACUCUGCACCUUUUUGACCCUGUUCAUGUGUAGAAAAACAUAGAUAACAGCAUCCAAAGGAAGGUUGUGUUAGUAGCUGAAACUAACAAUAUGAGAGACUCUGAGGAAUGUACCCACUUGGUUGCCAAACAGUUAAAAAUAGGAGAUUUUAUUUGUUUGUGUAGAUAAUGGUGAAUCCUGUAGUAAGCACAUUAAAUAUUUUUAAUCACAAA